AAAAUACAAUUUACAUAGAAGAUUAUUCAGUGUAUUAUGGAAUUGGGUUACGGAAAGCUUUUAUGUAGUAGCACUGUGUGAUAUAGUGCUGAUCAUUUUUAUAAACUCAUUGUUCAAUAUCACAUACACUUACAAGACCCAGUGACGAUUUAUGUAGGAACAUGGAAAUGAGGUGGCCGUGUGCACUAUAAGAGCAGAGGACUAUAACAUAAUAUUAUUGGAUAUUGCAGCAGUUUUAUGGUAACAGUUUUUUCCGGGGUACGUAGGUCUAUAUGUGUUGGGAAGCAUCCUUCCUCUGCGGGCGCGCGCGCAUCCUCGGGCCCGGCCAGAGUGGUCCUGAUGCUGGGACUCGUGCACGCACGCAUUACAUCACUUCUCUCCCGCGCGAUUGGCUGUAGGUCACCUCGUCCGCCUGCCGUAGCAGCAUCCACCGUGAGCUUGAAACAUCACGGACGAGCGGCAGCGGCGUUUCAAAUCAACCUCAUCACCGUCAUCUUCAUCUUUGAUUCCAUUUGAAAAGAAAAGAAAAGAAAAACUGUUCACGUGGGUGUGCGCGUGUUUUCUUCUUCUUGCGCUGGCGGCUCGUUUCGAGGAUGGCCGAGAGCGAGGCAGACACGCCGAGCACGCCGAUUGAGUUUGAAAGCAAAUACUUCGAGUUUGAUGGAGUGCGGCUGCCGCCCUUCUGCAGAGGGAAGAUGGAGGAGAUUGCCAACUUCUCCCUCAGAAGUAGCGACAUAUGGAUUGUCACCUACCCAAAGUCAGGCACCAGUUUACUUCAGGAGAUUGUGUACCUAGUGAGUCAGGGAGCAGACCCUGAUGAGAUCGGCCUCAUGAACAUCGAUGAACAACUGCCUGUCUUAGAGUACCCCCAACCUGGCCUGGACAUCAUACAGGAGCUGACAUCCCCUCGUCUAAUCAAAAGCCAUCUUCCCUAUCGCUUUCUCCCCACAGCCCUGCACAAUGGAGAGGCCAAGGUGAUCUACAUGGCUCGUAACCCUAAGGACCUGGUGGUGUCCUACUACCAGUUCCACCGCUCUCUCAGGACCAUGAGCUACCGGGGAACUUUUCAAGAGUUCUGCCGACGCUUCAUGAAUGACAAGCUGGGAUAUGGUUCCUGGUUUGAACACGUUCAGGAAUUUUGGGAACAUCGUAUGGACUCUAAUGUCCUCUUCUUGAAAUAUGAAGACAUGUACAAGGAUCUGGGGACAUUUGUGGAACAGUUAGCCCGAUUCCUGGGUGUUUCCUGUGACAAGGCUCAGCUGGAGGGCAUGGUGGAGAGUUGCAACCAGCUCAUCGAGCAGUGCUGCAACUCAGAGGCGCUGUCCAUCUGCAGGGGUCGUGUGGGUCUGUGGAAGGACGUCUUCACAGUGUCUAUGAACGAAAAGUUUGACACGGUGUACAGACAGAAGAUGGGCAAGUCUGACCUGACCUUCGACUUCUGCCUGUGAGGGGCGCCCUCCCCCCCCCGCACCACCUCCCUACUCUCCACUCCACUGUCCUUCUUCAGUACAGUUGACAAGUGCGCACCUCCUGCCAAAAUCCAUGCUCCUACAUCUCCAUUUGGUCUGAAGUUUGAUGGCACAGUCUCACGGACUUCUCCCAGAAUGCAAUCUUUCUCAAGUCAACAAGUCUUCGGAAUCCUGCCCUUACAGGUUGAUCAAAGUGUAUCAAGAUUUAUUAGGAUUAUCAAAAUUUCUAAGUCAGUAAUUAAGCCAAACAGCCCCUACCUCCACAGAAUGUUCCCACUGCUGUGUAUUUAUACAUGUAUUGGUUAAGCAGGGUUCGACCGAUAUUGGUUUUUAGAGUCUGAUAUACAAAUACUUUUGAGCUCUAGUAUUUGACAACAUAUAUAUCUAAAAUCCUAGACUAUGACAGGAUUCAUAACAAGGAUUUAAGCCACAUGUAGGUAUUUGUGACUGAAUUACACAGAAAACCACAUGGCAAUAUGUCUGGAUGGAGAAAAAAAUGGGUAUGAUGGCUUCAUAAAAAGUCUAUGGAUGUCACCUGUUACCCAAUAUGGUGCUCAUACAUGUGAUAUAACUGAACAAACUGCCCAAAGAGAAUUACAGGUUGUACAGACAACACCCAUAUAUAACCUUUAGUGUGUCCAAGAAAUAUAUCGGUCAAACCCUGAAUGUGAGUGAAUUAGCAGUUGUCUUGAUGCAGGAGUGGUUCAAAUCCAUUGAUGCGUGGAAGGUAACUGUAAGCCUGCAGAGAAUAAGCCUAUCACGCCUAAACGAACCCAACAGCUCAAUGUCACAGCUGGGAGAUAGUUGUGUUUGGUGAUCUUUGUUUUGUUUUUCGCUCCGACUGCUGCAGGGUUUUCAGUGUCCAUCGCCAGCUGUCACUGGACACCUAAUGUAUGAGCUUUAUGUGUGUGUUUGGAUGUAUGUGAGAGUGUGUUAGAGACAGACGACGAUAGAGAGAGAGAGAGAGAGAGAGAGAGAGAGAGAGAGAGAGAGAGAGAGAGAGAGAGAGAGAGAGAGAGAGAGAACGACACAGAGAGUUUUAUCUUGUCAGUGCUUAGUUAUACCAUCAGAAUGGAUCAGGGACUCAGAUAUCAAAUUCAAAAAUUCAUCAGUUAUUUGUAAAUGCACUAUAUGAACAGUAAUGUGUAACUCUGGUGCUGCUCAGUGGCAGCAUCAAACUUAAUGCAGUGAUAGAAUCUGACACUGAGCUGAAUGGGCUGAAAGUAAGACAGAAACUGCACCGAUUGGUUCUGUUGCUCUGGCAUGUUGUACACAAACAUGGUUACAUUGUCGGCAUUUGAAAUGCAAUCAACUGCACGGUAAUUUUUGCACAUGAUAAAAUUUACACCACUGGUAGAUAAAAUGAGCAGCUAUUGAAGUGACCGCAACUGUAUGUUCAGUGUGUGUGUUUAUCUGCCUUUAUAGCUGUGUCCCAGCUAUGAAGGCAGAUAAAUAUAUAAUAAGACAAACAUCUUUGUGGAUUAAAUUCAGGACUGCGAGCCUUGACAGAGUCUUUGCAGAGUAGAAAUAUAACAGUUCAAACAGAGAUGAUAUGUACACAAAGACAUUCACGUAUAUAUACAGUAGACACACUUGACAAGCCUUUGGAGUAAUUGUAGAAAGCUAUAAAGUCAUGUUAAGACCUCCUAAAAACUCUAGACAACAUGAAUAGGAUUACGUGAAAUAAGAAAAAAGAUGAUGUUGCUCCGUAUUUAACAUAAAAAGGAUUUCACAACAUAGCAGUGUUGCAGCUUGUUUUAAAACGUUAAAAAACAACAUACAAUGGCUGGAUGCAACUCGGUUGGUAUAAUCCAAGUUUCUAGAAGUGAGAUCCCAAAUCGAUUUUAAAACAUGAUUUACACUGCAUGCACUUGCAUUCAAGUUUGUGCAUCCACUUCAGCCAGGCUGCGUGCUAACUGUUUUAGCUUAGCGGCUAAAAAAAGGUGUAAAUGACACCUUUUCAAAUCAGUUUAGGAAUUCUGGGCUUCCAGUCACUUGGA